UGUCGCUCCGGGGCCACGGGAUGACACCGCCCCCGCCAGGACGUGCCGCCCUCGGCGCCCCGACCGCCCGCGUCCUCGGCUCGCCGGCUCGGUCCUGGCUCCUACUGCGGCUGCUGCUGCUGCUCUGGGCGGCCACCGCCGCCGCCCAAGGCCACCCGAGGAGCGGACCUCGCAUCUUCGCUGCCUGGGAAGACCGUGAAGGACAGAAGCAGGUGGACUUCGGCCAGAUUGAGCCGCACACAGUGCUUUUCCACGAGCCCGGCAGCUCCUCUGUGUGGGUGGGUGGACGUGGCAAGGUGUAUCGCUUUGACUUCUCCGAGGGCAAGAACGUCUCCCUGCAAACGGUGAACAUUAGCUCCACAAAGGGGUCCUGUCAGGACAAGCGGGACUGUGAGAACUACAUCACCCUCCUGGAGAAGCAGGGUGAGGGACUGUUGGUCUGUGGGACCAAUGCCCGGCGCCCCAGCUGCUGGAGCCUGGUGAAUGGCACUGUGAAAUCCCUCGGUGAGAAGAGGGGCUAUGCACCCUUCAGCCCUGAUGAGAACUCCUUGGUUCUGUUUGAUGGGAAGGAGGUGUACUCCACCAUCCGGAAGCAGGAAUACAAUGGGAAGAUCCCCCGGUUCCGCCGCAUCGAAGGCGAGAGCGAGCUGUACACCAGUGACACUGUCAUGCAGAACCCGCAGUUCAUCAAGGCCACCAUUGUGCACCAAGACCAGGCCUACAACGACAAGAUCUACUACUUCUUCCGGGAGGACAAUCCUGACAAGAACCCCGAGGCCCCGCUUAAUGUGUCCCGUGUGGCCCAGCUGUGCAAGGGGGACCAGGGUGGUGAGAGUUCCCUGUCAGUUUCCAAAUGGAACACCUUCCUGAAAGCCAUGCUGGUGUGCAGUGACACCGCCACCAACAAGAACUUCAACAGGCUGCAGGAUGUCUUCCUGCUCCCUGACCCCAGCGGCCAGUGGAGGGACACCAGGGUCUAUGGCGUUUUCUCCAACCCCUGGAACUACUCGGCUGUCUGUGUGUAUUCUCUCGGUGACAUCGACAGAGUCUUCCGCACCUCCUCGCUCAAGGGCUACCACCCGGCCCUUCCCAACCCUCGGCCUGGCAAGUGCCUCCCAGACCACCAGCCGAUACCCACAGAGACCUUCCAGGUGGCAGACAGUCACCCCGAGGUGGCGCAGCGAGUGGAGCCCAUGGGACCUCUGAAGACACCACUGUUCCACUCCAAAUACCACUACCAGAAAGUCGUUGUUCACCGCAUGCAGGCCAGCCACGGGGAUACUGUCCAUGUGUUGUACCUAACCACAGACAAGGGCACCAUCCACAAGGUUGUGGAGUCGGGGGAGCAGGAACACAGCUUUGUCUCCAACAUCAUGGAAAUCCAGCCCUUCCGCCACACAGUCGCCAUCAAGGGCAUGACGCUGGACGCUGACCGGCGGAAGCUGUAUGUGAGCUCCGAGUCAGGGGUCAGCCAGGUGCCCCUGGACCUGUGUGAAGUCUACAAAGGGGGCUGCCAUGGCUGCCUCAUGGCCCGAGACCCCUACUGCGUCUGGGACCAUGGUCACUGUGUCUCCAUCUACAGAGCCCCAGGUUCUAGGUCCGUGCUGCAGUCCAUUAAUCCAGAUGAGCCACAUAAAGAGUGUCCCAACCCAAAGCCAGAUGGGGCUCCACUGCAGAAGGUUUCCCUGGCCCGGAACUCGCGCUACUACCUGAGCUGCCCCAUGGAGUCCCACCACGCCACCUACUCGUGGCGUCACAAGGAGAACGUGGCACAGAGGUGUGAGCCUGGCCACCAGAGCCCCAACUGCAUCCUCUUCAUCGAGAACCUCACCGACGAGCAGUAUGGCCACUACCGCUGCGAGGCCCAGGAGGGCUCCUACCUCCACGAGGCCCAGCACUGGGAGCUGCUGCCUGAGGACGGGUCCACAGCCGAGCACCUGCUAGGCCAUGCCCGAGCCCUGGCUGCCUCCCUUUGGCUGCAGGUCCUGCCUGUCCUUGCCCUCCCGCUCGGUCUGCUGGUCCACUAGGGCCUCCUGGGCCAGGCUUGCCUCAGGCUUCCGAAGCCCCCCGGGGCACUAGGAAUGUCUCAUUCACAGGGCUGGUUGCCUGGGGCUCCUCGCCCUUCCUUCUUCCAGGGGGACUGAAUACCCUGAUGGGGUCCCCAGGCCUGGAAAUGUCCAGCCGCAGGCGGCUGCUGGGCCCCAGGUGGGGCGGGUGGUGGGGGCGCUGACUGUGAAGCCGGGGGCGUCUAUGACCUGAGACUUUGUCCCCUGGAGAAUACUUUUCAAAGACUUGACCAAAUGCAGCAAUGCUCUGGGUCUGAGACCCCAUGGACCAGGAGUUGAGGGUUGGAAAGGGGGUCUGGGACCCUAUCUCUGGACCUUGAGGCUGAAGCCUGAGUCCUUCUGGAUUCUGUGUAUCCAAAUUGCCUCCCUAAUUCUCCCUCCUCCCCCAUGGCUGGGGCUGGCUGGUGUUCCUGAAGGCCUAGGGCUGCCGCCUCCAGCCCUGGGGACAGGCACCGGUAGGAGCCAGUCCUGGGUCUCCUGGACAGCCGCCUUGCAUGUUAAUUGGAGGAUGUUUGCUUUCCGGACAGGACGGAAAAAGCUCUAUUUUUAUGUUAGGCUUAUUUCUUGUAUAGCUACUUCCGACUGCAUCUGUAUGAAAAUACCAAAACCACGAGCCGGGGAUAGGGUGGGAGAGGGAGGGGCUGGGGGAAGGGUUGGGAGGGGCCCAGUCUGAGGCUCCCUGGGAUGGGAUAGAGGCCAGAGAUGGGCAUGGGUUCACGGACAGUGGUAUGAGCUGGCUCUGCCCAGGGAACCCAGGCUGAGGGGAACAGUCCAAGCCCCCCAGGUCCCACAGACACUGACUGCUGGUAUGGGGGGUGGUUACGGGAGGGGUUGGGUGAGGGAGACAGGGGAGAAUGAAGGAGAAAACUGAGCCCUAGUUCACCAUGUUCAUUUAGAAGGAGGAGCCGGGUCCUCAGGGGGAGGUUCCAGGACUCUGCCCUUGGCAUUGGGGGUUGGGGGGCGGGGGUGCCCUCCCCUCCCCUCAGCCCCCUUCCCCAGGGGCUGUGCUUCCAUGCUCCUAGCCUCCCACCUUCAGCUCAGGACAUGUUAUAACUUAGGCUAAACUGUGAAUUCCGAUAGGGACAGCCUGGGGCUAUCUCUCCAGGCCCUCAGCCCUGUCCAUGGAUUUCAGCAGAGAGCUGGGCCCCUCUCUGGCUGGGUCUGGCCGGCCAGGGCAGGGCCUGGGGCCGGUGGCCUUCCAGCUUCGGCCCCUGCAUCUCUUCUCAAUGCACUUUAAUAAUGUAACAUAUUACUAAUAAACAAGCUAUUUAUUUA